CGGGCAUCGAGAGGCAGAGAGAGCGGGGGUCCAUAAGGUGGGGGGUCCUGGGGGAGUGAGGGUGAAGGAUGGAGCGGGUCCGGGCCAUCUUCAGCCCGGUUCGCGAAUCACUAAAGCUGAAGAACCGCCUGUUCCGUGAGUGUUUGGCUGAAUUUCUGGGAGUUUGCAUUUUGAUUUUAUUUGGCUGUGGGGCAGUGGCCCAGAUGGUCACCAGCCACACCACCCGCGGGGAAUUCCUCUCCGUCAACCUCGGCUUCGGGAUCGGAGCCACAUUCGGAGUUUGUAUCGCGGGAGAAAUCUCCGGAGCGCAUCUGAACCCAGCCGUGUCCUUCAGCCUGUGUCUGCUCGGCCGGUUCCAAUGGAAGAAACUACCUUUCUACAUGUUCUUCCAGACGCUCGGAGGGUUUGUUGGAGCUGCCAUAGUCUACGGAGUCCACCACGAUGGGAUACAUGCCGUCAACAACGGAACUCUCUCUGUCACUGGCCCCAAUGCCACUGCU